AGGCGCAUUUUAGUAACAGUCCACAACACCACGUACUAUAUAUAUACGCGCAGGGGGGCAUUCUCUUUGGCGUGCAGUUCAAAGCGAAAAGAGAUUCGAAUCCAAGGAAGGGAAAGGAAAGUAAGAGAAGAGAAGAAUGGCCGAAGAGGGACAAGUGAUUGGUGUCCACAGCGUGGAGGAGUGGGAGGAACAUCUCAAGAAGGGACAAGAGUCCAAGAAAUUGAUUGUGGUGGAUUUUACUGCUUCUUGGUGCGGCCCAUGCCGUUUCAUUGCCCCAAUUCUUGCGGAUAUGGCUAAAAAGUUGCCGAAUGUCACCUUCCUCAAGGUGGAUGUAGAUGAAUUGGCGACUGUUUCCAGGGAGUGGGAAGUUGAGGCUAUGCCAACCUUCCUAUUCUUGAAAGAAGGCAAGCUGGUGAAGAAGCUUGUGGGUGCCAGGAAAGAGGAGCUGCAAGACAUAAUAGUCAAACUUGCUGCAAUUGAUGCUGCCUGAAGUGCCAUAUGAAUAUGUUGAGAAUAAUUGACUAUUGUCUUCGAGUCGGUUUGCUUUUAUAACUAUUAUUGAGUCUGUUUGAAUGAUUUCAGAAUGGAUUUGGAGUUUGUAAAACAUGGACGGGUUAUGUGUAUAAAUGAAAUUGUUGUACUAUCGUACUUGAAACAUUUCUGCUGAUGAAACUAGCCAAAAAGAUUAGUCAGUGCCUUAUGUUUA